CCGAGGUGGAGGGGGUGCCAAUAAACGGCCGGGAAGGCCAGCUGCUGGUAGCAGGCGGACACGCGGUGACCGUGGCGAUGCCGAUUUCGAUACUCUACCUGAGGAAUUGGAGCAGGAAUUCUCGUUUUUGUACUCGAGACAGGUCGGGGAGAAGAUAUAUGCCAUGUCUUUUGAUGACGGUCAGAUAUAUGCUGGAAAGAUCAUCAAGCGAUCUCUCAAAUAUACCGGACGAAAAGGCGCCAGAGGCUCGCAGUCCCUUAUGCGUAAUCCACCCGUACCGCACUACCUGGCCCAUUACAAAGGAUGGAGCAGUAGGUAUGAAGAAUGGGUGCAGGAGACCCAGAUACUGACAGAUGAACAGGUGCGAAAGUCCGGUAAGGUCAGGAUAGGGCCGGACAGGGGCGAUGAAUCUACAUCGAGCUCUGAUUCGCAGGAUACGGCGGACCGCGACCGAUGUAGACACAGGAGUGCGGAGAAAAAGAAAUCGAAAAAAGUAGGAAUGAGAGAGGAGGAGAAGGGAGAAUUAGGGGUAGAAGCCGAGGAAACGAAAGAAUUAGGAUUAGGAAAUGAGGAUAAUAGUGAAUUGGAUGAACAUGCUGAGGGGAAGAGCAAGUCGAAGAGUACGAUGCACAAGGAGGAUGGAUGGAAACGGAGUACGGAAAGUAGGAAGAUGCUAUCACAGGAUGGGGAGAUGCAGCCCGGUGAGAGUGAUGGAGGGGUGCAUGAAAGUAUCGCUAUAGACAAGCAGACAAGUGGGGCGAGGAACGACAAGCGAGAACAUGGGAGCGAGAGCGAUACGGCGACCGAAAAAUCUUCUCAUAUUCAGUCCAACCCAGAACACGCACCAAGUACAGGAGCGGAGACGGAUGCGCACGAUAUGACCGGCCCGGGUAUUGGAAGUGCCACUUCUAGUGCACGUAUACGUAACAAAAAUGAUAUACAAGUCAGCGCAGGCGAACGUGGUCACUCGAAGGAGUCGAAUGCCUCUGUUGCGAGGAAGAGAGGCGGGAGUGAGGUGGCAUUGGGGAAAUCGGCGGCCGAAGAAAUGAAGCGCAAACGACGCAAACGAGUGAUAAGCUCCACAUCGGAGGAUUCGUCCGAGGCAGAGGACAGGAAGGCCGCACCUGCUGUGGAAAAGAAGGUGUCCAAGUCGAGUAGGGAUAAGCAGGGCGACGCUCAACGAGAUAGUCGUGAGAAGUCAGUUAUACAUCGAGAACCCAGCCAGGAUACGCUGAUGACGGGGAGUGAGGCUGAAGCGCGAGCGGAAGCGAGGAGAGGGAAAAGUGGGCAUGAGAAAAGGAUUUCGGAUAAAAAUGGAGACCGGAAAUGUGCGAGUCGUGAGAGGGUACUGGAGAACGUGAAUUCACGGAAGAACCCUUCGUUGGGACCUGAUGGGAAGGAGAAUGAGGAUACAAAAGAUAGAGUGAAAAGAGAGACGUCUCGGGGACGCGAGAGUGAACGAGAAAGAGAUGCAAAUACACCGGCGCAUCGAGAGAGAAAAGUGAAGGGAGUCCUGAAGAUAUCACAUGAAGAGCGCGCCAGGAGUAGGUUGAGUGGUACAGAUGGGGAGAAUGGGAGAGACACAGACAGGGAGCGGGACUCCAGUCGAGACAGGGGGUCAGAAAAGCUGAGGCAAAAAAUAAAGAGGAGGAAAGAGCGUGAGAAGGAAAGAGCGAGGCGUAAUAGCGACCCUCAUAAUAGCAGUAGCGUGCCUGCUGGCAAAUCAUCGACACUAAUAGUAAGAUUACCAACAUCGUCAGGUGAUCCCGAACGCGCGACUUGUGAUACGCUGCCUGAAAGCAGCGCUAAGGCUAGAGAUAAAAGUACCGCGGUAGAAGCCGACCCCAAGAACGACAUCAAACGACCACACAAAUCUCGGAAAGGUGAUUCGCCCAGACGGAUAGUAGAGAAAAUCUCUGAGCGUGUGCGUAUGAAAGAGGAAGAUACAGAAGAGGGCCUCGAGCAUGCUUCUGACGACUCCUUGGAUAGAGCAUUAGAACACGCACAUGCAGCAAUGACAAAGCGCAACCUCGCUGCCGAAACGCAUACAACUGGUAGUAAGGAAUCGAGCUCGAAGGCAAGUCGUACAGUAUCGAGCGGGUUAGACGCAGAUACGGCGAAAAAGAAUCAUAGAAAUAAUGUGAAGCAGAAGGAUCUUGCGAGAGAUGUGGAUACAUGGGCAACCCGGCCUGUACUGAAACACAGUGCUUCAGCGGACUCUUUGGACAAGGAUAGGAGGUCUCGCGCAGAUAGUAAAUCCACAGAUGCGAUGGAUUUAGCGCCACAAUGUACGGUAGGCGUGACUGUGGGCACAGACAAAAAGGUUAAGGAUAAGCGGGAGCGAGCCAACAGCUCAGAGAAGAAAAUCGGGAAAGAAAACAGGGAACGCGAAUCUGGCACAGUGAAGAAGAGCAGGAAGGACAAGAUUGAGCGAGACUCCACAAGCAGACUCCACUCACGACCCGCAUCUUCGAUGGGUGUCAAGCGGGAAGAGAAAGCGCGUAAGGACACUUCACAUAGGCAGAGUAGCAGUACUUGUUUAGAGAGUAUUACAGUACAUGAAGAUACAUCUGUGCAUGAGAGUGGUGUGAGUGGGAAGAGUUUGCCAGGCACAAGCUCAAGCCGGCCGAGGAGUAGGCUGGAGCAGGAUGCGAGACGUACCGGAGUAGAAAGUGACAGGGGCUCGAAAGGGGCGGAUGAUGAGAGCGUGGAUGUGAAGAGGCGGAUAAAGCGUACUGCGCUAGAGAAGAGUAAAGGCAAGGACACUGAGCCACAGGGGAGCAAGGACCGGGAACGCAGCUGGAGUAGGGAUAUAGAGAGGACUGCAAGCAGAGAUAAGGGGAGGGGUUCGGGCACAAGGCAGGGAAGCAGUGGCUCCAGCAAGUCUGGUGGAAGUGUUGGUGUCAGUGCACGAAAAGGAGAGGAGAGAAAUGGACCAGAGGCGCGUAAUGCAAGCUCUCUUGAUUUGAAACAUGAGGAAUCAGAGGUCGGGGAUGCUGGGAGUUCGCCGCGGAAGUUGAAGCUUGUGCGAGGAAAAGAAAAGCGGGUGAGGCCGAAGGGUAAGGAUACGGAGAAGCACAGGGGCAGAUCGAAAGAGCGCGACAGAGUGCCGAACAAGGGGCCCGAAUAUAACACACAGGAGUAUAAAACACCGGCAAGCCACGAGGAUGGUGGGAGUAAUGGGGCUCAUGGUGCGACAAUAAAGAAUAAGAAGCAGUCCGGAGGUGAGAAGAGUAGACGAAGCCGAAGCCGAGAAAAGGAACGCGACCGAGGCAAAGAGAGAGAAAGGGAGAAGGCCAGGGCGACGCAUAGCGAUGAUAUGAGUUUAGGUACGAAUGGGAUACGCACAGAGGCUCGGAGCCGGUCUUUAAGUGCACACUCGAGUAGGAGGGGUAGUGGUGGUGUAGGUAACGGCACAGGCAACCAUACAAGCGUGGAGGGAUCAAAUGCAGACGAAGAAGUCAGUGUUGUACCACGUGACGGUGUGGUUUCUGAGCCUCUAGGCUCAGGUGUAGAUAUUGGUGUUGGUGUGUACGGCAACGACACAGAUAUUCGAAGCAAUACUAAGCAGGACAGGGAUAAGCGGCGGAAAGCAGACGUACCCGUGUCUGAUCAGAAACCCGAGAAUGGACGUGGAAACACCGAAAUCAAAGGGGCUGCUGACGAAACCACUCCAAGUCUGAAAACACCGAAGUCGACCGAAGACGUUCUAACUGAAACGUCCAAGAAGCUGCUGAAUUACGCCCGCCUACCCUCUGAGGACAAUAAUGUCCUGAAUGGGCUUUCUCUUAAUCAGAAACAGAGCACUGUUACUGAUACGUCUGGUAAGCGAGUUUCCACCAAUGCCGUGCCCAACGCUACCUUGUACCCGAGUUUGUCCAUAAAAGCGCGUACGCAGCCAGUACAAAAGUCGCAGAUUCGAUCAGAACCAGAAGCUGACACUGACGUGCAGAACCAUGUGAGCACAAAGGCGGACGUGCCUGUGGGAUUGAACUCGCCCUCGGGAAUUGUGCCAGAUAUACGCAAGCAAAAUGAGUCGAAGGAGCGCUUGUCCAGUGCAAUUAAACUAAAGGCAACGGCCGCAGAUAACAGCACUGUGGGUGAGCGUGGAAGUAUGGAUAAGGGUGUACUCCAACAACUUACAAGCAACGAUGCCAAAAGGGAGGGUAUGGAGGUGGGUAUUGAAGCAAGCCACCGUCUAAAGGACGCACCUGUCGACAAUAACGUGGUUGGAAAGCAAUCAUUAGGCGCGUCGGUUACAUCGACACAUGCGGAGGAUAUACAAGAAUCUAAAGGUAGGAGUGCGCCCACACAUGAACAGCAACCUGGUCUUUCCGACAUCGACCCUUGUGCAAGCGAGACAAGGAGGAGAGGGGUGGAUGGAAAGUCCAAUGUGUCUGUGACUGUGGCUAUUUCGCGCGAGGAGAUGGCUGGGCAAACCAGACCCUGUCAACCGGUACAUGGAGACACCACUCAGCAGAAGAACAGCGAUGUACCCCAGUCACUGUCGCUAUCCACCUCAGGCGAUGCUGCUGGUGUGAGUAGGAAGUUAAAUGCACAGGCACAACUUAGAGAUACCAGCCCCCAGGUGUCUGUUUCUGCGACAUACGACUCUGUCUCAAUUUCUCGUCAGAAGGCCCUGGACGAAUUCUCUGUGAAGCACAUACUCGCUCAAAGCGCGCGCGAGCGGAGUGCUCGGGCCAGGCCCAAUCCGCACCACAGUCCUGUCAAAGUACACGCGUACAUGUCAAGCAGGCCGGACAGCAGGAGUGCCAAUACAGAUCACAAAGAUGAGCUCAAGGUAACUGAGGGUAUCGGUGGGAAACCUCCUGGGAGAGUGACUGGAGCUACGCACAGUGACAGUACACAUACGGCCCCGGCUGCACCCACGCCCACGCAGGUGUACAAUGUGAAGGAAUUCAACAGAUCAUCGAGCGACGGUGCUGCAGAGAACGCUCAGCUGAGUGUUGACACUGCUACGAAGGUUCCAGCGGAGAGGAGUACGAAUAUGAAUGCGAAUAUGAGUGGAGAAGCUAUCCCCGGCAAUACCUUACCGAAGAAUAGGUACCCAUCCACGCAUCCAAGGGCUGCAACAAGCAUUGGUGGUCAGUCAGCGAACACUACCGCGCGUGCGGGUGGUGGGGGCGGAAGUGUUACAUACCCUUGUAUACCUGCGCAUAUGUAUGCCAUUCAAAAGAAAGCGGAAGCUGACAACAACAGGCACGGGACGCAAGCGAGCCAUAGUGCCACUUUCCCAAACACAGCACGGCCGCAACAGCAGCCCAUUCCCCGCCCGUUCUCGCCUGUGCCAGGGGGUGCCUGUUUACUGCCUAACAUACUACCACCAAAGAAGCGCAUGUUUUACAGUAGUGGCGACCACACCCCCGACUACAACCCAGCCAAGACACAGAGGGCCGCGAGCCCAACGCUUGCACCGGGAGAUAAAACCGCGCCGAAGAACAUGCCUCAGAGUAAGCUAUCGCGGACUAGACCUGCGCUUGAAACUAUUGUCAGGGCGAGUGAUAGCGUUCCUACGUCAGCAUCGGCCGAAGCUAAUUCACAUUCACAGGCAAACACACACGUAAAUGCGAAUGCGAAAACUGAGAGAGACGAAAGACUAUCGGUCGGGCCUGAGAGUACUAUCGGAGCGGAAAGCGGUAUUGGUGAAGCCAACGUAAAUGAUGCAGCGCUAGGUGCCAAGCGACCAAUGGGAUCACGUCUUACUAUGAUGCUGGCUCCAUCAUGGUCGGACAAUGGCCCUGCUUGACAUCAAGCAGUGCCUAAACUGACGUGAAAACCCUUGAAAUCUUGGCUGUAGUGCCAUCGGAAUUGACCAAAAAAAACUAUGGACGGUCCACUAUGUAUUCCCAAACGCUACCGGGGAGACUCUGACGUGCAUAGGUAUCACACGCACGCGCACAGCCGGGAGAAAAGCUCGCAUGUCUGGAAUGUAGAUUUCAAAAUAUGUGCGUGUGUAACAGUGGAUUGUGCCGUAGUUGUGCUAUGACAUUAUCCGUCAAACCGUAAUUCGGGUGCUUCGAUAUAACGGAGUCGCGCGUCUAAUGGAGAAUUGCAGUUAAAUGCAUCGGAGUAGGGUGGGCUGCUGUCGAACAGUCUGUUUUGUAAAUAGAUUAUAUCAAACGAGCCAACCACCUCGCUCUGAGGACAACGACAAACAAUAAAGACGCCCUCCUCGCCCAUUAGAUACACGAACGUAUGCCUGUUUGAGUGAGAAUGGGUUCGCAUCAC